AUGGCCUGUGUGACACCAGCUAUACCCUACAGUCCAAAUAUUACUGUAUUGUUUAUACUGGCGUUUAUAGCCGGAUAUGGAACGGGGGGACUAGACGCAGCACUUGUAGUUUGGUUAGUUGAACUAUGGGCCGAAAAAUCAAGUGUCUAUUUGAGUGGUCAUCAAAUAUGUUUUGCGGUGGGCGUAGUAUUUGGUCCCGUAUUGGCCGCACCUUUUGUCACAAAAGAUACUUACAAUAGUAAUACUGACCAUAAAUAUCAUAGUAAUCAUAGUCAUGAUGGCAACGCUAGCACGACUAUCAACAGCACAAUUACUAUUAAUACUAGUAGUAGUGUUGGCAACAUUGCCAUACCAUUUAUCAUAUUGGGUGCACUGUUAUUAUUAUCGGCCUGUCUAUUAUUAGCUAUACAUUUUUAUAAGCGAUACAUACCACCAGCACCGGCACAUUUAGAAGCAUCAUCGGAUAAAACUGAUAAAAGUAGUAAACAUUAUAAAUUUAACUGUCACAAUAAAUGGACAGUUGUCUAUCAUGCACUAUUGAUUGCUAUAUGUGGAAUAUGUGUAGGUAUAUCAAACACAACGUUUCAAAUGAUGACCACAUUUUUAGAGUCAUCUUACUUACGUAUGUCUACCCAAUCUGGCGAUCAUAUGGUAUCAAUUAUGGCAAUUAUCAUUAUCAGUGGCAACAUAUUGCUGGCAUUAUUCGAGUACCUAAUGUUUGAUGAAUGGCUACUAAUCGUUGCACUGGUAUUCAUGGGUAUCGGUUUGUCCACAAUAUUUCCGGCUCUGUUCACGUUUGUCGAGCAGCACAUGACUAUCAGCAACAUUACCGGCGGUUUGUGUGUCUGUGCGACCGGAACUUCGUCGACAAUUUUGCCGGUAAUUUGUGGUCAAUUUAUUAGACAAACACCGUUAGUCUUACCCUAUAUGAACAUCAUAUUGAGCACAGUUGGUCUAUUGGUGUUUAUAGUUUUAGAUGUAGUACUCUAUCGCAAACAAAAAUCAAUGCAAUAA